AUAGUGAGAGAGGAGGCAGAUCACUUGCUAUCUGAGUGUGUCCAUGAGCAGCCGGAGAACUUGUACUGAGAAGUCCCACAGUAAAAGAGGAACAGCCACCCAAGGAAGGACAUUUCUGCUUCUGUGAGGUAUAUGGAACACGGGACCACAGAAAAGGGAAGGCGGGCCGUCCAGGAGGGAGAGUAAUUCACAGGGGCUGAUAAGCAGGGUCCAGUUUGUCUCUCUUUCUCUCUUCAUCACUCUACAUCAGCUCGCAUUCAACAUGGAGCCCAAUAGCCCCAAGAAAAUUCAGUUUGCCGUUCCACUCUUUCAGAGCCAGUUGGAUCCCCAAGCGGCUGAGCACAUUCGCAAGCGCAGACCGACUCCAGCAACACUGGUCAUCUACAGUGAGCCCAGUGCAUCAGGCGAUGACAAGCAGACUACAGGCAGUCAAACGGAGGCCCAGCUGUCUCCCGCCCAGAGGAAACAGAGCGUCUACACACCACCUACAAUGAGAGGUAAAGAGCACAGCGAUAGCCAGCAGGAGGAGAGAGAGAGCCAUCAUCCUCACAAACUCUCUCAAAAACACCUGGACACACUGUCAGAGGAACCUGGGGAUCUGUUGCCACGACGCAAAGACACACCCUACCAGCACCAGCCACCUUUCAUUCCUGGGGUGAAGGUGCUGAAUAACCAAACAGAUUCUUCUUCGCCUUUCCAGGAGGAUGUGGAGAACAGCGGAGAACAUAAAGACCAUCAGAAAGAGUAACAGAGUUACACGAUGAAGUGAAAUAAUUCAUAUUAUUGUUUGGAAGCUAUUUUCGUUAUACCUUGUUUCCAUUUUUAUUUUUUUUAAGUAAAUGUUUCUUUUAGUGUUGAAAUUGUUUGCAGGAGAAAUGUAUUCUUCUGUGUACAGAUUUUGACAGAAUUUACAGUCAUUUCACUCCAAAACAAUGGGGCCUAAAAGUCAGAGACCCCAUUGGAAAUCAGGGAGCUUCUUUUUUUUCUUAAAUAUUGAAAGAAAUGUAAUUUUUUGGGAUAUAAAAAUGUUAAACAAAGAAAAGGACGUAAAACAAAGAAGAAAUAUUUAAGAUUCUGCACAAAUUUUAGGUCACGUAUCAAAAUACACUUCUGACAUUGGCCACAAGACAUCAGCCAUUUGGACCCAACUGUUUAUAUUCUCUUGUGUUGUUUUUUUUCUCUUCAUAAUAUUAACCUUCAUGAUGUUAUAUUUUAUUAUGGCCUGUUGGCUCUUUAAAGUUUUCUAUGAAAUUCAUAAUUAGUUAUUAUAUGAAAAUGUUACAUCACAAAACUGAUGCUCCGCCAAUAUUUUAGCAAUACAUGGAGAGGAUUGCAAAUCACAUCCUUCCACUUUAUUUUUGAUCACCUCAUGUGGAAAGAGCUUGACGUUUUGUUGAAACUUUCUCUGACAAAAGGAAUAUUUUUGUAGGUAUGGCUGUUUUGUAUGCAGAUGUGAUUUUGAACAUGACAGUUGUAUAGCUCACCGACUCUCUGAAUUUCUGAAAUGUGGGCAUCAUACACAGGGACGGAUUACAGACCGGGCCAAUGGUGACAGUGCUAGGGGGUGCCCUGGUCUUUAAGACUGCGUGAUCUAGUUUGGUGAUUCCCUCCGCUUGAUAACCCUUUUGGGCAUGAACAAUGAACCAACCCCCCCCCCCACAACAAAUUUUGGGUGGAGGGGGGCCCUUGGAAAUAAUUGUCCCCAGGGCAUUUGCAAGUCAUAAUCCGUCCCUGAUCAUACAUAGACUUAAAGCUUUAUACAUACUCACAUGACCAUGGAUUAUUUUAGAUCUUCUGUUAUCUACACAAAAUAUUAGAAUCAUCAGCAUGUAUCAAUGUCUCAUAAUACCAAGUUAUCAGCAGGAGAAAGUUUGUGGUUUGUGUAAAUAAGUUUGAACAGCUAAGAGCUCUUUAUGCCGCUAUUUUAAUGAGGUCACCAACAAAUUUCAAAGAAAAAUUAUAGGGGACUGUUUUUUCCACCCCAAUCAUUAACAAUAUUUCUCUUAUCUGCCAUCCAAUUUUUGGAGUCGAUUACAAAAUGAAAUUUAUUUGCAUGUAGGGCUUGGUAUUGAUACAGAUUUCUUGAUUCGAUUAGAUUCAGAUUUUGAUUCAAUAUCAAUUGAUAUGGGUAUAUAUAUAUAUAUUUAUUAAUUAUAAUUACAAUGUAUAAUUUUCUCCCCAAUUUGGAAUGCCCAAUUCACAAUACACAUCUCAAUCUCAGUUGCCUCUGCGUGUGGCAACUAUCACCGCGGAGACCCACACUAUUCUCCGUGGCAUCCACACACAAUUCACCACGUGCCACACCGAGAGCGAGAACCACAUUACAUCAACUACGAGGAGGUUACCGCAUGUGACUCUACUCUCCCUAGCAUCCGGGCCAAAUUGGUUACUUAGGAUGCCUGGCUGGAUUCGAACACAUGACUCCAGGGGUAAUAGUCAGAGGCAAUACUCACUGAGCUACCCAGGCCCUGAUAAGGGUAUAUUUAAGUUAUAGUGUCAAUUUUGCUUCCAUAUGAAAGUAAUUCUCUCCCAGAUACUGCUGUUAAUUAUACAGGGGACAUUUUAACUAGGUACAUUAUGAAAAUAUUAAUUUUACAAAUUAUAUUUGAUUUGUUUUUCAGUAUUUUGGUCACAAUUAAGCUUUUUAAAAAUGCAAAAAUCUCAAAUCCAGGGCGUGCUGAGUGAUUCCAGUCAGGCUUCCUAAGCAACCAAUUGGGCCAGUUGCUAAGGUGGGUAGAGUCACGUAGGGUUAACCUCCUUGUGGUUGCUAUAAUGUGGUUCUCGCUCUCAGUGGGGCAUUUACUAGUUGUUAAUGUAAAACAUUUUUGGAUGGAUAUGACAAAAACUUUAAAAUAGGAUAUUUUUCACCCCAAAAUAAAAAUAAAAUAUACAUACUACAGCUCUGGAAAAAAGAAAACAGAAGAAACCCAGUUUUCUUCCAGGAUAACCUUCACAAAGACAAAUCUGCCAGAUUCCAGCCUUGCUGAAUUAUCCCAUAAUCAUCACUGAUUCUACACUUGGUCGUCUAAUGGUUACAUGGAGGCCACAGUGUCUCAUACCCACUGUGAAAUUUGGUGGAAGAUCGGAGAUGAUCCGGGGGUGCUUCAGCAAGGCUGGAAUUGGGCAGAUUCGACUUUGUGAAGGACACAUGAAUCAAGCCAUGUACAAGGUUAUCCUGGAAAAAAGUUGCGUCAUUCUGCUCCGGCCAUGUUCCCCAACUUUGAAGAUUGUUUUUUCCUGCAGGACAAUGCUCAAUCAAGGUGUGGAUGGAGGACCACCACAUCAAGACCCUGUCAUGGCCCUGUCUUUGCUUUAUUUGAGGUCUGAAAACACUGCAUCUUUUUUGUUAUUUUGACCAGUUGUCAUUUUCUGCAAAUAAAUGCUCUAAAUGACAAUAUUUGUAUUUGGAGAAAUGUUUUAAGUACUUUAUAGAAUAAAGCAAAAAUUUUCAUUUUACUCAAACACAUACCUAUAAAUAGUAAAUCAAGAUAAAUUUUGCAGUGGUCUCUUAUUUUUCCCCUCCCAGAGCUGUAUAUAAAUAUAUAAAAACCUAAUUCUUGUUGUACUGCAAAAGUUAUUUAUGCUGAUUUUAAUAAAAUAUAUGUGUUCUGAGAGGAUUAUUUUCAUUACUGUAUUACAGUAAUGAUAAUUUAAGGGAGUUGCUUUAUAUAAAAUAAUGUUACAAUGUCACUUCUUUAUUUUAUGCAAAA